AUGGGGAAUCGACAACCGAAGAGUAUUUUUACUGAUCAAGAUCAAGCAAUGGCUAACGCAAUAGAGGUAGUGUUCACUGGAGCACGCCACAGAUUGUGUAUGUGGUACAUUUCAAAUAAUGCUAAGCAACAUCUAGCUGGAGUAUUUACAAAUGCAAGUUUCAAAGCUUUAUUUGACAAGUGUUUUUAUGGGUGCUAUGAUUCAAUUAAAUUUGAAAGCGAUUGGGCUGAUAUGGUUGAAAUGUUUGGACUAGAGAAUCAUUAUUGGCUUAAAAGAUUGUAUGAUCUUAGGGAAAAAUGGUGUCUUGCUUUUAGUGUAGACUUUUUUUCGGCGAGGAUGAAAUCCUCCCAAAGAAGUGAGAGUACUAAUAGUGUUUUUCAUCAAAUUAUGCGGAAGCCUAUGUCUCUCCUACAAGUUAUUCAAUAUUAUGAGGAAAAGGUUGAAGAAAUGCGGCGAGAUGAAAGAAGUGAUGAUUUUCGAUGCAAAAAUGGUGCGCCACCAAAGGAUAGCUUUGGAUUGAAUUGUGUUCAAAUUAGUUGCAAUGGGACAACUUCCAUCUAUCAUGUAACAGAGGAUGGCUGUCAAAGGGUGCAUAUUGUUCAAUUUGAUCUUUCCAAUGAUGAAAUCUCUUGUAGUUGUAAGUUGUUUGAGAUUUUGGGAAUAUUGUGCAAACAUGCUUUAAGAGUGCUUGUUAUGAAAAAUUACAAAGAGAUACCUGAACCCUAUAUCUUAAAGAGAUGGAGCAGAAGUGCAAAGUCAGGGAUAGAAGGUGUUGUUGGAGAAUCAUUGCACCAAGAAGGAAAAUCUACUCGCUCAUUGCGCCUUAGUGAGUUGAAUCAUAUGGGGCAAAAUGUUUUUGAUAAGGGCUCAUUAUCUCUUAAAUGCACUGAAAUUGUUAAGGAUAAAUUAAUGGAGGCAUUGAAGAUGGUUGAAGAGGAGAUAGCAAAUUUGGAUAGUGUAGACGAUCUUAAUUGUCUUGAAGAAGAUAUCAUCACUUGUGUUGAAGAAAUGCCUAGCCCUACUGAUGAUAGGCCUGUGCUUGAUCCUUUACGCAUUCAGACGAAAGGAAGCACCAACGCUAGAAUAAAAAGUUACUGGGAAAAGAAGAAGAGGAAGACACGUAGAGUUUCAGAAAAGCCUCAAAUGCCACAUCCAAAUCACAUGGUGACUGUUUUUGUUUAA